AUGUCCACACUGUCAUUGCCACCUCAUUUGAAAGCUACACUUGCUCUCCCUGAUAUUCGGACUACCGAGAAAGACAUACAGCAGGAUAACAUGAUAGGACGGGCAUCGACGCCCGAAGAAGCAGGAGUUCACACACGUAUAGUAGAUAAACUUCCCGAAAGAAUCAAGCAUGGACGCGCGGAUGGGCUGCACGUCAGAACGCUCGAGAUUCUACAGACUUACGGCCUGGCCGAGCGAAUUAUACCAUUGGGCCAUCGUCUAUACACAUCAGUCACUUACAGCACCGAUAAUCCCUCUGGCAGUUUGAAUCGAGUAGGAAACAAAGCCAGCACAAUGUUGAUGGGCGGUCGUUAUCCCUUUGGUAUCAUGGUCAACCAAGGUAUCGUUGAGGGUGUAUUUAGGGAAGCCAUGUGUGAGACCGGGCGUCAGCAUGGUGAGAUGGCGUAUGAAUAUCCGGCACCCUCGCCUCCCAGACAGGUUCGAGUCGAACAAGGCACCUCGCCCGUAUGGAUGAACUAUGAGAGCGACUUUGUCGAUGUCCACCUGCGUGACUCAGGCGGGAAUCUGGAAGCUGUCCGGGCCAAGUAUGUCAUCGGGUGCGACGGGGCCCAUUCUUGGGUUCGUUCCCAGCUCGGUUAUAGUAUGGAAGGAGAUCAUAGCAAUGCAGUCUGGGGAGUCAUUGAUACGAUUCCCAUCACCGACUUUCCAGACAUACGUAACCACGCGUGGAUUAACGCCGGACAGAGGAAAUGUCAAAUUAUUCCACGAGAGAACGGAUUGGUCCGUUUUUACGUUCAGCUCCUGGAAGCAGACACGGACAGUGAGAGGUUCGACAGGUCCAAAAUCAAAUCAAAGGACAUUGAAGAAAUUGCAAAAGAAAUAUUUAAACCAUACAAACUCGAGUUUCCGCAACGCCCUCAGUGGUGGACCGUUUACAUUGUCGGACAGCGAUUAGCAACCAGAUAUUCAGCUUCUAGGCGGGUAUUUUUGGUGGGAGAUGCAUGCCAUACCCAUUCGCCGCACGCUGGACAAGGAAUGAAUGCUGCCAUCGGUGAUUCACAUAAUUUGGCAUGGCAAUUGGUACAUACACUUCGUGGAUGGACAAAGCCUCGCCUACUGGAUAUGUACGAACGCGAACGAAGACAGUACGCGCAUGAACUCAUCGAGUUUGAUCGAAAACUUUCAAAAGUGCUUGCCUCCAAGUCUGAAAAAAGUUCAGACAGUCAUCAAAAGCUCUUAAAAGCUUUUGCUGGUUUUAUCUCUGGCACUGGGAUUAGUUAUUCUACUGCUAUGAAACAAGCAUCAGCCUUUCAGAACCUAGCUCCUAGGAUAACAAUCGGACAGCGAGUACCUCCUCAGGUUAUUCUUCGCAUGGCAGAUUCACGACCCUUCGAAAUACACGACAUGCUCCCUUCGGAUUCUCGCUUUAAAUUAUUGGUCUUUGGAGGAGACAUGUCACAUAAUCGAAAAGCGAUAAUACAGCUCGGGCGAUCCCUCGCAUGUCACGAAUUGGGCACAGCCAAGAUGCAUGACUUGUUUGGAGUAGUUUAUGUCGGGAAACUCGGCGAAAACUGUGCGACUAUGUUAGAUGUCCCCGCGAGCUUGGUAUGGCAUUGGAGUUGCGCAUUUGUGGAUGCAACCAACGCUCGUGAUGGUGGAGGACAAGCGUAUCGAUCUUACGGGAUAAGCGACGAUGGAUGUGUUGUCCUUGUUCGUCCAGAUGGUUACGUGGGCACAAUAAUGCCUCUCAAUGGAGAGAAGCUUAUAGGUCACUUGGCUCUGUACCUUUGUUCUCUUGGUUAUCCGGUCAAUUUACAACGUCGGGCCCGAUUGUGA